AUUUACAUAUAAUUCUUAGAAUUUCAAUGGUAUGGUAUGUUUAACAGAGGUGGAUAAUGGCCAAUGGGAGAUUAGGACAAUGGUUGCAAAUGCUAGUUUGUGUACUGAUAUUGCUCAAAACAGAAGGCUUCUAUGUUGGCAUAACUUAUGUUCAAAAUGCUAUUGCAAAAGAAGCAGUUUGUUUGGAUGGGUCUCCCCCGACUUACCAUCUUGAUAAGGGGUUUGGAGCAGGAAUUAACAAUUGGUUGGUUCAUUUUGAGGGAGGAGGAUGGUGUAACAAUGUUACAACUUGCCUUGCCCGUAAGAACACUCGUCUAGGUUCAUCUAAGCAAAUGGCAAAUCAGCUUGCUUUCUCUGGGCUUCUGAGCAACCUGCAAAAGUUUAAUCUAGACUUCUACAAUUGGAAUAGGAUCAAGGUUAUGUACUGCGAUGGGUCAUCAUUUACAGGCGAUGUCGAAGCAGUCAAUCCCGCUACUAAUCUUCACUUCAGAGGUGCAAGGAUUUUUGCCGCUGUUAUUGAGGAUCUAUUAGCAAAAGGAAUGAAGAAUGCUGCAAAUGCUAUCAUCUCGGGUGGUUCAGCUGGUGGUUUAACAUGCAUAUUGCAUUGUGAUUGCUUCCGAGCUCUCCUACCCAUCGGUACUAAAGUAAAAUGCCUUUCGGACGCUGGCUAUUUUAUCAAUACGAAGGAUGUUUCCGGAACACAACACAUUGAAGCCUUCUACAACGACGUAGUCACCACACAUGGAUCAGCAAAAAAUUUACCCAUAUCGUGCACUUUCAAAAAUGGAACCUGGUUUGGUAAGAGUUGUUUGUUAUCUCAAUCGUAUUGUUCCUUAUUCCCUAAUUUCUUGUCAAUUGUACCAAUACAUCUCAACUAUGUUGCAAUGUUUUUUCCCCCAAAAUAUGGCUCAGCAAAUUCAAACACCACUUUUUCUAGUAAACGCAGCCUACGAUUCACGACAGCUUAGCUCA